CGCGAAACCAACAUUCAUUCUAUGCAGAUUUUUCACAUCACUAAAAGUAACACUUUAAGAACAUUUUAAAUGAAAUUCGCUGUUACUUUAUAUGGAAUUUCUAUGCAGAAGUAAACUUUGUGAAAAAUGUUUAAACUUUCGCACUCAGAUGUUCAGAAUAUCUAAUUUAUUUUCCCAACAGAUUGCAUUAUGGUCUGCAGCUAUCAAUUUUGUAUGUUGCAAAAUGGCUGAUUUUAACUGUUACUUUUUAUUGGGCUUCGUUAUUCAGGAAGAUGUGUUAACAAUUAUUGCCUUCAUCUAUGUCAGAAGAUUCAAACUAGUGGUGAUGAUGGUUCUGAUAUCUUCAUCGAUGGCUUUUCUGGUAACUGGAGCAGUUUUAAUUUAUUUGGAUACUGGCGAGCGGAAAUAUUCUGAAUUGGCUGGCGGCUUUUGGAACACUGCCAUAGCUACAGUGGCUCUAGUUUUUGUCAGCUUGCUGAAAUAACAUGAAUAACACAUCGGUCUAUCGUUCAUACUGUGUCAAGGGAUAUUCACUCGUGCUUGCGUACACAUUUUAUUGUGCAUGUAACUGCCUGACUAUUUGACAGUUCACAUUUUCAUAUUACAGAAUAAAUUAAUAUUUCUGCACUAGAACUUUCAUUUUUGUAUUUGCACAACAAUUUUUUCUGAAUGGCGUUUUUCAUGAGUUCUAGUUUUCUCUUGCUUCGAGGUUGUGUAUUCUGACGAUGAAGUCGUCUUUUGAAAAUGUGACUCAGCCAGAUAAAAAAGUUGUUGGAUUCAGGUAGACGGGGGGACUCUUAAAAUAAAUAAUCACACAUGGAAAUACUAAAC